AUGCCCAGCCAGGGCUACGAGAGGGUGGCCGCCCAAGAUGAAGACGACUCGCAAGUAACGUCCCUUUCCGCCCAGCAGUGGCCGCCGGCCUCGCCACCUCCGUCCUUUCACUCCCGCGCAUCCUCACCAAACGGCACAUCGCGGCGAGUCUUGGCAGAGGACCCAGCACCCACCGAAGAAGACCGAACACUCGCCGACACUUUUGAUUCCGACUCGGACGACGACGACGACGAGCACGAUGGGCGCGAUGAUCGACAGCGCCUAAUGCGGGGGAACCCCCAGCCCGAGGACGAGCCGCCUGUGACGCCAGGCAUCCAACGACGAGUAACGGAACUUCCAGUAUUCAACCCACAGGCACCGAGUAACGGGCGGGUGUACGGUGGUGGAAAUGGUGGCGUAUGGGCAAAUCUGAGCGCAAAGCCAACAAGAGGAGAGGACGCUGAGGAGAAGCCUCCGACAUACGAACAAGCCGCCGCUGACGCAACACCACCCUACUGGGAAACCACCAUUCUCGCCCCUGGUACUUUUGGCGACGAAGUCUUUGUCGAAGGACUUCCUGUCGGCUCCCUCUUCAGCUUCCUCUGGAACGCCAUGAUAUCCAUGUCUUUCCAACUCGUCGGUUUCCUGCUCACCUACCUCCUCCACACCACCCACGCCGCAAAGAACGGAUCGCGCGCUGGUCUCGGCAUCACCCUCGUACAAUUCGGUUUCGGCUUCCGCACCGCCGUCCUCAGCCCAAACAACGGCAGCAACGACAACCCAGGCCAAGGCUUCGACGGCGGCGUACCCAGCGAUCCCAAUGCGCACGACUUUGACCCCGAUCAGGUGGCUAGUGGAAACACGGGCGGCAGUGACAUGACGCCUGCGAAUAGCGCCAUAACAGGCAGCGAUUGGGUCGCAUAUGGACUUAUGAUUGUCGGCUGGUUCAUCUUGAUUAAGAGUGUUUCGGAUUUCAUCCGCGCGAGGCGGCACGAACAACUCGUGCUACAAUCACCCGACCGCGGUCUAGGUGUUGCUGUGAUUGCAGAGGGAGAACACCCAGAGCGCAGUGUAUAG